GCAGGAUGCAAGUAACCCUACCACUUGAAUUUUAUUUUGGCAUGGCGAUAUUACGAGCCAACAUGGGAUUAUGACAUAGCGUGAUGCGAUAAGUCAGAUAGUUUGCCAAUCCAAAUCUUUGCCUUUAUAUAUAUGCCAACUCUCUCUUCUUCUUCUUAUCCUUCUGUAUUUCUACGUCAAAAUGGUUAUCCAGUCUAUUGUCAAACACUUUGAAAAGCAGCUUUUGAAUCUCCUGAAAUAGUUUUUCUUGUUUCUCUUUAACUUCAAUCUAAUCACUUUCUUCUUCUUCUUCUUCUUCUUCUUCUUUUUCAUUCUUUCACGCAUGGCUGACAAUAACCUAAGAAUCAUUAUUGAAAGAAACCCUUCAGAAUCAAGGCUUUCCGAAUUAAACAUCAAGUGUUGGCCCAAAUGGGGUUGCUCUCCGGGGAAGUACCAGCUUAAGUUUGAUGCAGAAGAAACUUGCUACCUGUUGAAAGGGAAGGUGAAAGUAUACCCAAAAGGUUCAUCAGAGAUUGUAGAGUUUGGUGCUGGAGAUCUUGUCAUUAUCCCAAAAGGACUCAGUUGCACGUGGGACGUUUCUGUUGCCGUUGAUAAAUACUACAAAUUUGAGUCAACUUCUUCUUCUUCUUCAUCAUCGACUUGAUAUUCUUUCUUAUUUCUACUCUUAUCAUUAAUAUCUUAUUGAUGCUCUGAUUUGAUUUGAUUUUGUUAAUUUCAGUUAUUCUUUCACAUUUAAUAAUAUCAAUGAAUUAAUUA